CUCUGGAAUUGACGUGCUGCUUACUGACGCGAUGGGGUACGGGCAAUCGUGGCUCUUCCGGUACCCGGCGCCCGCGCUGCUGCCGUCGGCGCCGGUGGCCGAGCCACCCAAGACGUCGACGCCCAAACGCUCAAGCCUGCGCCGCCCGUCGUCCGGCGACAUUGAGCCGAUCGAGACCACGUCGCUGCAAGAUCGCGACGUCGGCGCCUUCUCGCUGCAGCCCAUUGCCGCCGAUCGUCUACUCGUAACGACGCCAUGGGCGAUCUGCGACUUGCGCUUCCAGCACGAGACGCAGACCUUCCAAUUGUCGCCCCUCGGGGACGCCGCCGCCAUGGACGACGUGGAUCGGGCCAUGCUCAUGGCCGGCACGCCACCGGACGCCUCGUUCUUAUAUUCCGACAUUCUUCACCUGUCAGCCACCGAGCGCGUGCUGCUGCUCGUGUACCAAGAGCUGCACGGCAAGUGCUGCGUCGUCUUGCAGCCGGUCGGCAAGACAGCCUCGUCUAAGACACGCCAACGCUUGGAGCAAACAGACGUGCCACUCAAGACGGUGCCCAUGGCCGUCGAGGUCGGGAACGCCAGCUUCCACGGCGCGCUGCUCUUCCGGCACGACGCGAUCGUCGCGGUCGGCUACACGUCGGGCGCCAAUGCAGCGAUCGAGCUCGACGCCGAUGACUUCGCCACCUUCUUUCCACACCUCGUGGGCUUUGGCCACGCCGUGACUGCAUAUCACUCGGUGCGACUCGACGACACGCGCAUUAUCGCGCUCGGCUGCGGCAACGGGGUUGUGCAUUUCAUGCAAGGACCCGCCUGCCUCGACAGCAUCGGCACAGACUUUGUCGCGACAACGUUUGAGAUUGAUGGCCCCGUCUCGGACAUUAAUGUCUGCAGCCCGCGACGCACAGACGACAGCACCGGCGUCACGUGCAUGGCGCUCGUGAGCGGGAGCAUCGGUUAUGCUGUCGUCUACGCCAAUCCGUUUGACGCGUCGGCGUCUCCGUCGCUCUUGCCCGACUCGGACUACUACGACAGCAUUCUCUGCUGCGCCUCGGCCGACGUGGACUUUGAUGGCGACAUGGAGCUUCUCCUCGGGUCGUUUAGCAAUGCGCUCGUCGCGUACAAGUCGACGACGUCGCGUGACGGCGGGCGCAGCUGGCGCCUCGAACCGCGGACCAAGUGGGACUUUUUCUCUUUGGCCCCGUCUACUCGAUUGUGGUCCAAGACAUGAAUGGCGACGGCGUCGACGAGAUUGUGAUUGCGUCGACGGAUGGCAUCCACGUGCUCGAGCCCGACUGCGACCUCGUCUUGGCCAAAGUGCAAGCCGUGCUGUCGCUGCUGCAGAACUAAGCGACGCGAAAUACCAGAAAUACCAAAAAAUCGGAGGAGCAAC